GAACGAGUGCUGUUCGCUUGCCGCUGCCCUGACACCAGACUGACGCUUGCCACAGACUUGCCACUGUCAGUAAUCGCACUCGCUGUCUCUCUAAGCAAUAGCAGGUCAGAGAGACCAACUGUCGAGAAGGACACGGCGUUAAGAACCGUGAAAGAGCAGUUUCCAUCAGCCUGACGGAAUACAAAGUAUCAUUUUAACGGAAAGCACCACCGCCUUUCGAAUUAGUGCCAGUCUCGUUGCAAACUAGCGUUAGAUUAGUUGUUAGCUGGCUAUCCUGCCAGCCGGUUAGCAGCUAGCGUUAAUCUAGCUAGCUUAGUUCAGCUGUUUCCAGCCUGGCUAUUCGGGAAGAGCUUCUAAAAUGAGGCUGAAAGUUGGAUUUAUUAUACGGAGUUUGCUUUUCAUUGGGACCUUUCUUGGAUUGUUGGUGCUCUGGUCUUCUCUGUCGCCGAAACCCAACGAUGAAAACCCCUUUGAAAAACGGGAUGAUGGUGUGCUGCCCAAAAGAGACCUAGCUGAUCAGUUCAAGCCUGUGGUGCCCUGGCCUCAUGUAGAAGGGGUGGAGGUCGACCUUAACUCCAUCAGACUCAAAAAUGAGCCUGCCAAACAUCCCCAUAAUCCUGACCAGCAGCCAAACCAAAAACAGGUGAUCCAGCAGCAGUAUGUGACAUUCAAGCCCCACACACAAGCCUUCACCAGCCCCGUCCUGAAGACAGGUAUCUUGGGAAACUUUGAGCCCAAGGAACCUGAGCCUCCGGGGGUCCUCAGCGGUCCUGGAGAGGCAGCCAUACCCUUUGUCCUGGGUCCAGAGUACAAAGAUGCUGUCCAGAGUUCCAUCAAAGAGUUUGGUUUCAACAUGGUAGCUAGUGACAUGAUUUCACUGGACAGAUCCAUCAAGGAUAUACGCCAUGAAGAGUGUAAGUACUGGCACUAUGAUGACAGACUGAUGACCUCCAGUGUGGUGAUAGUCUUCCAUAAUGAAGGCUGGUCGACACUGAUGAGAACAGUCCACAGUGUCAUCAAGAGGACACCCAGGAAAUACCUGGCUGAGAUAGUCAUGAUAGAUGACUUCAGCAACAAAGCCCAUCUGAAGGAGCGCUUGGAGGAGUACAUCAAGCAAUGGAACGGUCUUGUAAAACUCUUCAGAAAUGAGAAGAGAGAAGGACUGAUCCAGGCCAGGAGUAUCGGAGCCAACAAGGCCACUAAAGGACAGGUACUGAUCUACCUGGAUGCUCAUUGUGAGGUUGGAAUCAACUGGUAUCCUCCACUGGUUGCUCCUAUUUCAAAAGACAGGACAGUGUGUACAGUACCACUGAUAGACUAUAUAGAUGGUAAUGAGUAUAGUAUGGAGCCCCAGCAAGGUGGAGAUGAGGACGGCCUGGCUAGAGGAGCAUGGGAUUGGAGCCUGCUCUGGAAGAGAGUACCACUUAGCCAGAGAGAGAAGGCCCAGAGAAAACAUACCACCCAGCCCUACCGAACGGUGUGUACCGUGCCUCUGAUCGACUCCAUCAAUGGCCAGAAGUUCACCAUCGAGCCCCAGGGUGGAGGAGAUGAGGACGGCUUCGCUAGAGGAGCCUGGGAUUGGAGCAUGCUCUGGAAGAGAGUUCCUCUGGGAGAAGCAGAAAAAAAACGCAGAAAAACUCAGACUGAGCCAUAUAGGUCUCCAGCAAUGGCGGGUGGUCUCUUUGCUAUAGAGAGAGACUUCUUCUUUGAGCUGGGUCUGUAUGACCCAGGACUGCAGAUAUGGGGAGGAGAGAAUUUUGAAAUAUCAUACAAGAUCUGGCAGUGUGGUGGCCAGCUGCUCUUUGUACCCUGUUCUCGUAUCGGACAUAUCUACAGACUUCAGGGAUGGCAAGGCAAUCCUCCACCUGCACAUGUUGGAUCGUCACCCACUCUGAAGAACUAUGUCCGUGUGGUGGAGACAUGGUGGGAUGAUUAUAAGGACUACUUCUACGCCAGCCGUCCUGAAACUCUCACUCUAGCCUACGGAGACAUCAGGGACCUUAAACGCUUCAGGGAGGAACAUCGAUGCAAGAGCUUCAAGUGGUUCAUGGAGGAAAUAGCGUAUGACAUUCCACUGUAUUACCCUCUGCCUCCUAAAAAUGUAGAAUGGGGAGAGAUUCGAGGCUUUGAGACAAGUUACUGUAUUGACAGUAUGGGACACACCAAUGGGGGCAAUGUGGAAAUAGGACCGUGCCACAGGAUGGGGGGCAACCAGUUGUUUCGUAUCAAUGAAGCCAACCAGUUGAUGCAGUAUGACCAGUGCCUGACGAGAGGAGGUGAUAACUCAGCUGUCACCAUCACACACUGUGAUCAGAAUCAGCACAAUGAGUGGAAGUACUUCAAGGAUCUCCAUCGGUUCACUCAUGUAACAACAGGAAAAUGUCUUGACCGCUCCGACCUGCUCCACAAAGUCUUCAUAUCAGACUGUGACACCGGUAAAACUACUCAGAAAUGGGAGAUGAACAACAUAGUGGCUGUGUGAAGACUUAACAACUCGCUCAAAGAAAACCACUGGCAGCAUGGUGGGAAAUAUGGUGACCGUAUGAGGACAUACGCACACACCAAGAAAUACAUCCAUAAUUCACGUUUACAGAUAUAUCAAACUGAUACUGUCCUUUUAAUGAAAUAUGUUUUUUUAUAUUAGCAUCAGUGUCACCUCCAACACGAUACUGAGUAUCGGACUAUGAAUAGUUUCAACCCAAAACUGUUGGUUGGUACUGUUGGUCUCUAUGGUCAUGCAUUAUACAAACACAUAGACACUCCAGGUGGCAGCAGAAGAACUUGGUUUGGAGGCUGAUGCUACUCCAAAAGACUUGUUGGACUAACACUGAACUGGAAACACGUUGGGCUCUGUCCUUCAUACAGUUUUGUUUACACCAUUUCUCUCUAUCUGUUCUUUUGGGCUCUCGGGUCUUUUCUAAACCACUCCAUUGAUUUAUGAAAUGUAUCACAUCAACUCUGACUUUUGAACCCUCAUGCUCUUAUUAGACCUUUUCAUCAACUGUUAGCCAAACUGAUUAGUUCACCAACUAAAGAGUCCUUUUUAUUUGUGGAGGAUUCACUGAAGGUGUUUUAAUCAAGUGUUUGGUACAUAUGCUGGCUGGCACAAUGCUUGCUUUUGUCUACAAGUCAUGUUAAGAAUGCUUUCGGGCUUUAAAGGGCAAAUCCUGCAACUUACAUAUGGAUGUCCAAUCAAUGUUGAUGGUGAAUAUGUCCAUUGAAGCAAUAAGUUCCCCAGUGCAUGCAAUAUUGACCAAGAAUUCUGAGUUCUCCCGGGUUCUCCUCCCCCCCUGGUCUUGGGUGUCUCGACCAGUUUAUCUUCAGAAUGCUGAGGUUCUCUAGUGUGAGGUUCUUUCAUGCAUAGUAAUGCACACAGUCUCGGGUUUGUGUGACAACAUCUAACCCACGUUAACAUUAUUACAGCAGAAGAAUUCCAUUUCUGUUGGCAUGGGAGGGUAAUUUGCGCAAAGGUACCAGCAGUUGGUGUUUGCUCCUGGCAGAUCAGAUGAUAGCAGCCAUAUUCUCUCCCUGCAGCCUCAGCCUCUCUACGCUCCAUUUCUUCUGUCGUAUACUCUCCCUCGAAUAAAUCCGGCUGCAUAUUGGAGUCAAUGUAAACUCUCUAAUAUGUAGCCUCGUCCAUAACGUCCUCUGCACUUGGAAACAUAGUUAAUUUCCAACACAAGCUAAGAGAACAAGGACACAUUUGUGUUUAAUUUUUUUAACUUUCUUUUAAUAAUGGAAUUUACAACAGGUUUAGGAAGUUCAGUUUUUGAGCGGCAUCUUGAAAAGAAGUUCUGGCAUCCCCAGAAAGCAGCCUGUAGUUCUUUCUUGCCUCCAACUACGUAACAGUCUCAGUAUUCUCCGUCAUUAUAGCAGGCACUGUGGAAUCAACUACAUUUACCCUCAACAAGGAUUGGAAAUAUACAGAAAGAAAUAAAGAUGACAAACUUUUAGCAUUUUUCUGCUCUGUCCUGUUCGGCCAAUUUCAGCAGUGAGAUUUAUGUAAAGCUCUUAUUGGCACAUGUUGAAUAGGCUAGACAGUGAAAUAUUGUCAUAUUCAAUUGUAUUUUUUUUAUCCUUUACAUUUACACUCCAGAGUCUGUGAAAGGAUUUUUUUUUGGAUCCUUAAUUAUAGUGCCACCUCUAGCCUGAAGCUAAUAAAACAGGCGUGAAGAAGCAGAAUUAAAUUCCCUGCGCCAUAUCAAAAGCCUGACCAGGAAAAAUAAGAAGAAAACAAAACAAGCACCAUUGCAUUCUCCUACAUAAAACAACAAGCGGUGGUUUCCCUAAAACUAUAUCAAGGUCCAUUCCUGGUGUUCUAUGCCUGAAUCCAUGCCACCUAGAAUAUGCUUUAAAAUGCAUGAAUGAAAGUAACUUUUCUUUAUUUUGUUCAAUUCCAUUGGUUGUUAUUUUUAUAUAUAUAUUUGAUAUUUCCAUUGCCUUGAAUUUAGUUUAUCAACUUCCACACUAAGAUGCUUUCGAGAAACUUGAACAUUUCAAGGAAACACCUUUAACAGUGAUCUGACUGACUGAGGACUUUUGAACUGCCUGCCUUACUGACUGUCUUGAUGAGUAUUCAGUAGCUGACCAGUUGUCUGUGAGUAACUCCCUGUGUGCAAAUUAAAGUAUAUAUAUUGGGUUGUUGGUGGGGAAUAAACCAGGGAGGAAUGCACAACUUAUGUUAGGGAAAACAACAAAUGAAGAAAAUGUGUGUGGGUUUUAUUAUUUGCUUUUGCAAGGGAAAUGAGGGUUUGGUGUAUGGGUGAACAUGUAUGCAAUGUUUUGUACAAUGUAAAUAGAUUUCUUUGUAAAGACGAUCAUGGUGCAUUUUGUGAAGGGCCUUGAAUGAUGUAAAUAUCUAACUUAUAGCAGAAAUGUAAUAAUAUGGGCUGAACGGUGGAUGAUUGAGCAAAUAAAAUACAGUUUUUUACUACUA